AUGCAACAAACAAUUAAUAUUGUGAUUGAUGGUCCAAUAGCAUUAGGCAAAACAGCUGUUGGAAAAUUAUUGGCAGAAAAACUUCAAUAUCAAUUUAUUGAUUCUGGAUUGUUUUAUUGUUAUUUAGGAUAUAAUUAUUCAAAAAAACCAAUUAAUAAUCAAAUUAUAUUUCUUAAAGAUUUAAAAAAUAAAUUAAACAAACAACAAUUUUUAUUUAAAAUCAAUUCAAUUGAACAACUUAAUGAUUAA